AUGGGCCACUUUGUGACGGUUGCUACAUGCAACCUUAACCAGUGGGCGCUAGACUUUGAGGGAAAUACAAAGCGCAUCAUAGAAAGUAUUCACCGGGCAAAAGCAGCAGGGGCACGGCUACGCGUGGGCCCUGAGCUGGAAAUUUGCGGAUAUGGCUGUCUUGAUCAUCUCCUUGAACAAGAUUUAUUUCUUGCAUGUUGGGAAAUGCUGGAAAGGAUCUUGACGGAUGAGUCCUGCCGUGAUAUUCUUUUGGACAUUGGAAUGCCAGUUCAGCACAGAAAUGUCCGAUACAACUGUCGUGUGAUCUGCUUGGAUGGCAAAAUCCUCCUCAUCAGGCCGAAAAUGUACCUCGCAAACGACGGAAACUACAGGGAAAUGCGACAUUUCACUCCUUGGUGCCAGCCACGAGUCUCUGAGCAGUACCAUCUUCCAAGACGCAUUCAGACUCUGCAAGGCGCUACGCAUGUUACUUUUGGCGACGCAGUGGUGUCUACACCAGACACAUGCAUUGGUGCCGAAACAUGUGAAGAACUCUUUACUCCUGACAGCCCUCACACGCACAUGAGCCUUGAUGGAGUGGAGGUGAUAACCAACAGCAGCGGUUCUCACUUUACUUUGCGCAAGCUUAAUACUCGGCUGCAGCUUAUCACCGAGGGAACUAGAAAAAAUGGUGGCAUCUACCUAUAUGCAAACCAACAAGGAUGUGAUGGUGACCGCCUAUACUAUGAUGGAUGUGCCAUGGUUGUUUUAAAUGGUGAGGUAGUUGCCCAAGGAUCUCAAUUUAGCUUGAACGAUGUCGAGGUUGUGACGGCAACGGUCGAUCUUGAAGAAGUCCGUGCAUAUCGCUGCUCCAUGGCCAGGGGUUUCCAGGCCGCCAACUCGAAAUACAAAUACGAGCGUAUUCAGACCGUCUUCGAAUUGAGCCCCCCUGAGAUGGACUUGGACCUCAGCAUGACCCCUAGUAUUCCACUUACCCCUCGGUACCACAGCCCCGAAGAGGAGAUUGCUCUAUGUUCGGGGUGCUAUCUUUGGGAUUAUCUCAGAAGAUGUGGAGUUGCUGGGUACUUGGUCCCCCUCUCAGGCGGGAUAGACUCUUGUGCAACGGCGACGAUCGUUUUCUCCAUGUGCCGACUUGUCAUAGAAGCGGUAAAAGCUGGAAACGCUCAAGUCAUUGAAGACGUCAAGCGGAUUGCCAAAUAUACCGACAAACUGCCAGAAACCCCACAGGAGCUUUGCAAUCAAAUAUUCCACACGGUAUACAUGGGAAUGUCCAAGCAGUCUUCAAAGGAAACCCGGCAGCGAGCAAGAGAUCUUUCGGAGGCUAUUGGAAGCUACCACGUGAAUCUCGACAUUGAUGAGGUAUACGAGGCGCAGAAAAACCUUGUCAAGAGCACUUUGAAAUUUGAUCCCAAAUUCAAAGUCGAGGGAGGAACUGCAGCCGAAAAUUUGAUGCUGCAGAACAUUCAGGCACGAUCCAGGAUGGUGACAGCAUAUGAGUUUGCCCAGAUCCUACCGACGACUCGAGAGCGUCCAGGGGGUGGCAGUUUGCUGGUACUUGGAUCGGCUAACGUUGGUGAAUCCUUGCGAGGAUACCUUACAAAAUACGACUGCUCCAGUGCCGACAUAAAUCCAAUCGGAAGCAUCGACAAAUCUGAUCUGAAACGAUUUAUUGCCUGGGCCGAGAAAGAAUUCGACAUUCCUUGUCUGCAGGAAUUUUUGACCGCAGUACCAACUGCCGAACUCGAGCCCAUAACGGAGACAUAUGUUCAGUCCGAUGAAGUCGACAUGGGAAUGACCUAUGAUGAGCUAACCACAUUUGGUCGUCUACGAAAAGUCAACAAACUAGGUCCGUACGGCAUGUUCCAAAAGCUCGUCCAUGAAUGGGGCAACGAACGGGCACGUCAACCCGGCGACGGAGGGCCUGUUCUCGAACCCCGCCAAAUUGCUGACAAAGUCAAACGCUUCUUCCAUUACUACGCGAUCAAUAGACAUAAGCUCACCGUGCUUACCCCGUCUAUUCAUUUCAAUGACUAUUCUCCAGAGGACAACAGAUUCGACCUGCGACCUUUCUUGUAUCCGUCGUUCUGGCAGAACUGGGGAUUCAAAAAGAUUGAUAAGGAGGCAAAGCUGCAAUCAACCCUCCGGUUACUCAUACCUCGCCUCCGACUCCUUCAGAAAAAGGACAACGCGUCCUCAGUCGCCCAGCGCCGAGAACUCGCGCAACUCCUCGACAAUGGCCGUGAUGCGUCAGCGCGCAUCCGAGUCGAAAAUGUCAUCGCAACUGACAUCGGCGUUGAGGUGAUGGAGAUUGUCGAGCUGUAUUGCGAAUUGCUACUUGCCCGCGCUGCGGUCCUCGAUCAAAUCGCCUUCUCCGACAAAGGUGUACAGGCACGUAAUAAAGCAAAAGAAGAGGCAAAACAACUGUUCGAAGCGGGAGCAAAGACAGGAGGACCCGCUGAGCAUAAAGAUGGAGGGGGAGGUAGAGGAUUUGGAUGGUUUAGUAGUUCACGCACGACUGCGACGAAGACCCCCGAAAAACCACAAAUAAAGCAUCAGCUAGAGUCUACUGGCGACGAAAGUGACCAAUUCGAUGAAGAAAACUGCUAUAUCAACCCGGCCAUUGACGAGGCUGCAGCGGCCAUAUUCUACUCCUGUCCUAGGUUUCCGCGUGAAGUUAAAGAAUUGACAACCCUGCGCACAUUAUUGAUGGAACGCUGGGGCAAGGAGUUUGCGACACUUGCGCAGGAGAACAAAGCUGGUGUCAAACUCCCGGAUCGACUAGUUAAACGGCUUCGCGUGAAGCCCCCUUCGGAGGAGCUAGUUGAGAGCUAUUUGCGGGAAAUCGCAAAUGCAUAUGGAGUUGUUUGGCCGGCGAACCAGGAAAUAGAAGGUGACAUUCCGGAGCUUAUGCAGGAAGAAGAGGAUCAGCCAGCGCCAUCGUCAUCACCACCACCACCUCCAGAAUCUGGGGACAUAGGAAACGCCCCAGGACCACAAACUCCACGGAAAAACCUUCCCGAUAUGCGUCUAGGUUCUGAAGCAGAUGAGCUCUCACGCGCCACGCCGCCGAAAGAUAUUGGCACGCACGAUGUCACCGGCAAGAGUCCGGUCAGUGUUGCGAAACCGGGUCCUCGUAGCGAUAAUCCCGAGCCUAGGGUGAGAAUACCUGGGGAAAAGGGGAAUAUUGCAGGCGAAGAGAGACCGGGGGGUGGCCUACAAAGGAAAGAUAGCAAAGGGAUACCGGAUGUAGACGAGCUGUCAAAAAGGUUCGCUGCCUUAAAACGAUGA